GUUCUUGGAAUAAAUUGCUGAUUUGUGUAAAGACAAAUUUCUUGCUUCUAUUCUUGAAGUCACAUGGAAAAAUAAAUUACUCAUAUAUUCUGGCUUCCAGCCACCUCUGGUUUGGAAGAAUUGGAAACUAGUGUGAGAAUGCUCCUCCAUGUACUUUUCAUGCAUCAUCUAUUACUGUUCUCCAACCUGUUGCCCCUGAAAACACAUUGCACAUUCUGUCCUUUAGAAUGUCAUGAUCAGUGCCUACAAUGCAGCUACCUCUUUUUCUUCUGUGGAGCUCAUAGUCAUCUGCCCAGCACAAAAACCACUGAUAUGAGCAGAUGGAGUUGCUGACAUCUCUCUGUGUCAUUCAGUACAAUGACACUCACAUGUUGCAUCUAUGCUGCCUUGCACAAAAGAUAACUCUAGUGCAGGUCUUAUCAUCUUGUUGUAAUCUCCUUGCAGAGGAGAGCUGGUAUCUUCAAGAGUAGAGCCUUUGUCCUAUUCAGUGACUUCAUGAAGACAUUUGGAUGUGAGAUGCAAAGUAGAAAAAACAAUGGUCACAUUGAAUUCACUCUCCUGGCAUUCUGUCUCUCUCCUCCCCAUAUCUGUGUUCCAUGUAUGUAUAAUCUAUCAUAUAAACAUCUCUACCAAGAGAAAUUGUUGAAUUGAUCAUUUCAGAUCUCUUCCCAAGAAGCAAAGUGAACAAAUACAUAUUUAGUUUCUUUUAAUUGAGUUGUCAGGAAAAAAUUACUUAUUUUAAUAGUAAAAUAGGAUUAUUAUUAUAUCAGUUUUAUUCUUUAAGGUGAAUACACACACACGCAUACACACACACACAUACACACAUACAGGGUGGGAAGGGAGAGAUUCAAAGAUUCAUAAUCUAUGUGUCUCAGGAGACUGUAAUCUUAUUGGAGGGACAUGAUUUAUGCCUGUAAAACAGAUGUAUAGAUCAUGUGUCAUCAUGAAAAUCAUACAUUGUCAAGUGCUUUAUGGUUUAUAAAGAGCAGGUGGGUGUAGUAAUUCUUGUUUACCUUUGUUCCCCCCCAAAAUUAGAGAACAUUCAAGUUUAGUGUUCAAUUUUCUUUGCUGAAAAAGAUCUGAAACUGGCCAAUUCAAAUCUUUGCCCUUGGCAAAGACAUUUAUAGAAAAGCAAAGUGGUUAGAUUAUCUUUGUCAGAUUGACAUUUGUUAGCAUAAACUUGGUUAGCAAAAAUAUGAAGAAUAUAGAAUAAAUACCAUUAGCCAAAGGAAUGAGUGUGUAGCUUGUUUGUAGCUAGUUUUCUAGAAUAGUUCUUAAUACCAUAAAAGUUUAUGGGGAAGAAAUGUAAAGCCUUUUAUCAAGAAUGUAAAUUGCUUCCAUAAGAAAGUGUUGCUGAGUUGAAUUACACUGUACAGCUCUGACCCAGACCAGCUUUGAGACCCUUUUCCCUUUACAUUACAAAUGAGAUCAAGGCUGAUGGUCACCUGGCUGGUCUUGCAGAUCAGGAAAGUGAAUUGUGACUCCAAGUCUAGAGUUUUCCCUAGCAGCCCCAUACACAGGCAUGAGUUGCCCAAUGCAGCCCCUGAGUGCUGUCAUAGUUCAGUGAGGUGGGAGGUCAGCAAACAGAGUAGCUGGAGAUAAUGACUCUGUGUCUGGAAUUAUGAAUGAACUCUGAGUAAACAACAAGGAAUCAGACAGUCAGAUGUGUCAUGGUAGCAUUCUUAACAUACAUUUGUAUCAAAAUCACCUGAGCUACUUGUUAUCAACACCCAUUUCAGAGUCUUUCCAUGGAUUACCACAAAGUGGUAUGAAAUGAGCCUCUGGGCAUCAGUGGCUUGACUGUUUCCUCAGGGGUUACCAAAGCUGGUCGUUAGGUGGAUGGUUCUCUCUCAUCCCAUUUUUUAAACCCUUUGUAAUAAGUGCUAUUACCAAAGAUAUAAUUAAUAGCUGUUCUGAGGUUUUAUGUUUAAGAUAAGGAGGACUAGACAAGUUUCUAAGAUGUUCAGAGAGACAAUCUUCAUGUUCUGGUCCUAGUGCCCAACAGUGUGCAGUAUACCAGAAGACACAAGAGUCACAGGAGACAAGGCCAGUCCCUGUACUCUGUGCUGCCUGUCCUUUCUUUCUUAAAACAAAACAACAAGAACCAGUAGUGAUUCUCUCUGCUCUUGUAAACUUCAAAGAAACAAAAAUAUCUGUCAUGUCCCAGAUAAUGUGGCUUGGCCAAUUUCAUCAAACCUCUGCUUCCUGUGGACACAGUGAUAUCCAACUUGUGACAAUUGUGAUGACCAAAAGGAAAAAUGUGUGAAACAUGCCUAGAAUAUGGAAUUAUUAAUCAUUAUUUCCCUUCUUUCCUACCACCAGUGUACAGUUAGAUGUUUUGACACCUGCAAAUGUAAUCAAACUGAAAUAUCCUAUCUCACUUUUCUGUCCAUCAACAAUUUUCAGUUAAAGACCACAGGGACACCAGUAACUGAACAGGAUUUUAAAAAGUUGUCUUCAUUGGAAGAAUUACUUUCAACUUGUAAUAUAAGAUUUUCUGAUGUUUCUGUGCUCUCUGGGAACUUGGAAGAAGUCUGGUUUCGUUCAUUCAGCAAUUGUUUAUCAAGAGGCUCUUACACAAAGGCACUGUUCCAGAUUCUAAAGGCGAUGUCUGAAGAAUGGCUGGUUACAAUAUCUCCAGGAAUUCCUCUUGUGAUCCUAUACUGACUCCUCAUUUAACCUGGCUCUACUUUGUAGUGCUCAUUGGCGGACUGACAGGUGUCAUCUCCAUUUUGUUCCUGCUGGUGAAAAUGAAUACACGGUCCGUGACGACCACAGCAGUCGUUAACCUGGUGGUGGUCCACAGUGUUUUUCUGCUGACAGUACCUUUCCGCUUGUCCUACCUCAUCAAGGAGACUUGGACAUUUGGAUUGCCCUUCUGCAAAUUUGUGAGUGCCAUGCUGCACAUCCACAUGUACCUCACGUUCCUCUUCUACCUGGUGAUCCUGGUUAUCAGGUACCUCAUCUUCUUCAAGCGCCAGGACAAAGUGGAAUUCUACAGAAAACUACAUGCAGUUGCUGCCAGUUCAGGCAUGUGGCUUUUGGUGAUUGUCAUUGUGGUACCCCUGGUCAUUUCUCAGUAUGGAAAUAAUGAGGAGUACAAUGAAAACCACUGUUUUAAUUUCCAUAAGGAACUUGGUCGUGAGUAUGUGCAAGCCAUCAAUUACAUAAUAGUCAUUAUUGUCAUAACCACUGCAGUGAUUCUCUUGGUCUUCCAGAUCUUCAUCACUAUAUCCAUGGUGCGGAAGCUAAGCCACUCCUUACUGUCCCACCAGGAGUUCUGGGCUCAGCUGAAGAAUCUAUUCUUCAUAGGCAUCAUCCUUAUUUGUUUUCUUCCCUACCAGUUCUUCAGGAUCUAUUACUUGCAUGUUGUGGCACAAACCAAGGGCUGCAAUAACAGUGUUGCAUUUUACAAUGAAAUCUUCCUGAGCGUCACAGCCAUUAGCUGCUGUGAUUUGCUGCUCUUUGUUCUAGGGGGAAGCCAUUGGUUUAAGCAAAAGAUAAUUGACCUAUGGAAUUGCCUUUUGUGCCGUUAGCCAUGAACCACCAUAGUAAUUUCUUUGUAUUGGGAGUGAAAAUAGUCCAGGGAGGUAAGUGGAGGGCUAUGGAAAAUAAUAUUCCAACCAGAUAGCCCCAGAAGAAAAGCGGAGAGAUGGUGCAGCUCCAGAGGAGGGAGAGAAAACUAGCCAAGCAUUAACCUACCGGUAAGUCCUUUCCCAAUAACAAUGGGCCCUGAAGGAAGGGAGUGGCUUCUGAAUGCUGGGCUAUGGACUUGGACCUUCCCCCAUUGCAAAUUAGUCCUAAAUGGAGACUCAGUAAAUAUGGAAACUCUGGGAAACAGUGAAUCCCAGAGAAAGAAAAGCAAUGGGUGAGAUUUGAGGAUACAUCUCUCAGGAUCUGGACUUCCAUCUCUCCAGGUAACAAUGAGUUUCAACCUUUUUAACCACUGCUUUCCUGAGUUAAAGUUUUAACCUGCACCACUAGCCCCUGACUGUCCAAAGGGCACAUCCACAGUUUCCAAUGAUUAAACCACCCUCACUGUAUCCUCUGUAACUGAAGGCCACUUUCUCAUCCAGAAAAUGAACCCCUAUGGUGCCUGAGUCUGUGAAUGAAUAAACGGCAUCUCUGAAUCUUUUGAGGUCUGCAUCCAUCAUUUUGUGCUUACAAUAAGAAUACCAUUCAUUAUUUGCUCCAGCCAAACAAAAGUAGUAUAAAAUUACAGAGCACUCAUCUCAAUCUUUACUUGAUCCUUGUGGUCUCCAAAAGAUGCCCAUACAAAGACCACUGAUGAUGACUCCACAUGGAGUUGCAAUUAUGCUUUUCUCUCUAUAAUACUGUGUUAUAAUAAAAGGCUGACUAAUGUGGGCCUACAGAAGAAAUAUUACCCAAAUAUGAAAUUGCAUUAUUUUCUAGCGUGAAAUGUUUGCUUGGUCUAACAGGUACUAGUUUCAUUAGCUCAUUCUAAUUUCCUCAGCUAGAAGCAUGGUCUUUUCUUGGGGUUUGGACUGGACUCAGCUGUCUAGUUCUUUUCAUGCCUCUUCACCUUAGGUAGGUUAAUCUUGGUUAUAAUUUAGCUCUCAACACACCAGGCAAGAUGAUCCAUCCAACUCAUACUGGCAAAAAGAGAUGAAGGGAGAAAUAGUAUGAAAUUUCUCUGGGUAAUCAUAACUGGUGAGAAGUUCAGUAUUUAGACAUGAAGAGAAACAGAUCUCGUGGACUACUGCUAGAACAAGGAUUUCUAGAUAUGUCCUUUUUUUUCUAGAACAUUACUUUAUUUAUUUAUUUUAUAUUUGUUCUAAUUAGUUAUACAUGACCAUAGAAUGCAUUUUGACACAUUGUACAUAAAUGGAGCACAAUUUCUCCUUCCUCUGGCUGACAUGGUGCAGGGUCACACCAGAAGUGUCAUCAUACAUGUAUAUAAGAUAUAAUGUUCAUCUCCUUCCACUGUCCUUCCCAUCCCUCUAGAUUUGUCUAUUGAAAGGUCAAGUUUAAGGUCAUAGGGGUCUGUGUUCAGGAUCACCAAUUGUACUGUUCCUCCAAAAAUCAUUUAUAAGGUUACUGAAUAUAUCUAAACAAUGGUGAAACUGUAACCUAGAGAAUAUUCCUGAUCAAUGUGCUGCUAGGCAUUAAAAUGAGUUCCCAAGAGAGAUGAUUAACAUUUUUUCCUUUUCUGUAUUUUGGAAGAAUUUCUAGAUGUCUUGGGCUACAGUUAAUUUAAAUGUUCUUUUGAUACAGAAAGUUCUAUUGAAAUUUUUGAAGUUCAUUUCAUUCUUAAAGUUAUAUAUUUUUUUAAAAAUGAAAACUACAUUCUUAAAAACUUUUGGUAAAUGUAUGGAGUAACCAUUAAUUUAGACUGUAUGAGAUAAGACUUUAUCAAGAAAGUUUUCUGAAUUUGAGGAAUGAAUGAACAAAUGUACUGAAAAAUAAUAAAAAAUGUAACCUUCAAAAUAUUAAAUAAUUUGAAGUUUUUGCAAAAUUCUGAUUAGCAUUUUGCCAUUGUUUUGUAACUUGUGAUAUGUGCCACAUUUUAUUUCACGAAUGUCUAUUAAUGGCUAGGUUGAUACUAUGCUCGUGGAUUUUAGUUCCUUCCUGCUGAUAUUUCUAUUGCCUUCAAAAUUUUAUAAUCUAAAUUUGCCAAGAAACAAAUCCAGUUGCAUGUUUUUAAUGCUGCAGAAAACCUGCAGUAACUAAUGGUAAGAAUAGAACUACUAUUUUGGUUAUAAUUUAGCUCUCAAUACACCAGACCAGAAUGAAUUGAGAACUUUUUUUUUUUUUUUUUCAGCAAGGUAUAUCUUCACGAUUUAGCAGUUUUCCAUAAUUGGCUGUCACCUUAUGGAUCCACAAAUACAUCAAGGGAAUAAGAAUUAGCUCUGUGAGUUUCUAGCAUUAAAAUUGCGAUUCAUAGAAAUUAAUUUUGAGGAAGAAAAAACAGCAACAUACUGGGAACAUUUCUAGUUUCCAAUUUUUUUCCUAUUUUAAAUUUCUUUUAUCUGUCAUGUUUUUCCUCUUUUUAAUUAUAUUGCUUUCAUUUAUUAUGUGAUUUCUCUUCUGAUUUUCCUAAUUUUUUAUUUCUCUCUUUGUUCCAUAACGUUUGCGAGACAAUUACUAAGACAUGAACACUUUAAGAAAAUUGGUAAUGUCCAAUAAAUGUAUAAGAAAAUAAAGAAAUAGAGUAAAAUAUUUUACCUUCAAAAAUUAUUUGUGAAAAUUUCAUUAUGUUUCUCUUCUUAUAUUAUUAGUAUCAUAAUAUCUUCUAUCUUACAGUUUGUGUUUUGACCUUUUCCAGAUUUUAGAUAUGUUGAGGUCAGGCAACUAUGCUUCUCUCUAUCAUAAUAAAAGACCUAGUUAUGUGGGCCCAUAAAAGAAAUAUUAUCCAAAUAUGAAAAUGCACACUCUGUAAAAUAAAACAUCUUAUUCA